GAUAGUGAGGGCACGCGUGUGUGAUUCGCUCCAAGUAUGGGGCUGGCUUUUCCAAAGUGGAGUGGAAUUUAAUAGUGCGAAAGUGUUUGUCGAGAUAACAGUGGUUUCUUGUGGCAAUAAUGCCGGAGUCUGAAAAGUCGUUAGACCUUAAGCUUCACAGUCCAGCUGGUGUGGAGCCGAUAAUAUUUCACUGGCCGCUGACAUCGGGUUCAGGAGCGGAUAAACAUGAUGGCGCUUACGAGAUCGUGGAGACCAUACGAUGGGUGUGCGAGGAUAUACCAGAGCUCAAGAGAGCCAUGGAAGUCAACAUUCUCUCCGACUACGAUACUCGCAGUUACGAGAGCAUGAGGCAGCUGUGCGACAAGUACAACCGUGCCAUCGACUCCAUUCUUCAGCUGGUGAGUACCGAGAAGGGGACUAGUCUGCCUGCUGCUCGUCUCAACAAGCGUCCAUCUCGGGGAAUGCUGAAGCACAUCCUAACACAAAUCUACAACCAAGCCGUCGUUGAUCCUGAGAAGCUCAAUCAAUAUGAACCUUUCUCACCUGAGGUAUAUGGUGAGACGUCGUAUGAGUUGAUCUGUCAGAUGAUUGACCAGAUCCAUAUUACGGAGGAUGACACGUUUGUGGAUUUGGGUUCGGGUGUUGGUCAAGUCGUACUGCAGAUGUCUGCACUUACACCUUGCAAGAUCUGUAUUGGAAUUGAAAAGGCAGACACUCCUUGCAGAUAUGCCAUUGAAAUGGACCGUCUGUACACCAAGUGGAUGAGAUGGUAUGGCAAGCAGCACAGUGAGUACAAGCUCUCAAAAGGAGACUUCUUAAAGAAAGAACACCGGGAAGUCAUCACCGGUUCUUCCAUAGUCUUCGUCAACAACUUCGCCUUCGGCCCAAAUGUAGAUCACAUGCUCAAGGAAGUCUUUGCCGACCUCAAGGAUGGGGCUCGCAUUGUUUCGUCUAAAUCUUUUUGUCCUCUUAACUUCAGAAUAACUGAUAGAAACCUAAGUGAUAUCGGGACCAUCAUGCAUGUGUCGGAACUGUCACCACUCAAGGGCUCGGUAUCCUGGACAGGGAAACCUGUCUCCUACUACCUCCAUAUUAUUGAUCGUACCAAGUUGGAGCGCUAUUUCCAAAGACUUAAGAACCCCAAACUGAGGGAGGAUGAGGCUCCUAGUGUGCGCAGAGUUCGGAGGGACCUCACCAAGGCCUCGCUUAAUUCUGAAACUUCCUCUAACAACUCCUCUGACCAAAAUAAGGAUCUUGAUGACCCGGUGAUUGGCCCAACAACCAGGCGUGCAUGGAAUGACUGGUGUUCUAGCUCAACUAUCAUAAAUUCCUCUUCGUCUGCCAAAACCACCCCAAAGGGUUCAUCUUGUCGAAGCUCAGCUGAUGAGAAUGACGAAAAUGUCAACAAUGGUGCGACUCGACAUGCGAAUGCAGGGAAAAGACGGAGAAAUACUCAGAGAAGAGCCGCUGCUUCCAAACCAUCUAUUGUGGAUGAGCCAGAUCCUCCUGUGGCGCCCCGAGUGCAGAGACGAACCACCAUCAGCAGACGAGGUGGGAAAAGAGGUCAGAGAACGAGCAAGAAGCCUAUCAAAAUUAAUGGUUUGGAUCUCCUACAUACGCAGACACUACUCAGCACAACGGAAGUGGUCCACAGCCAGCGCAGACAGUUGGAUGCUAUGGCUUUGACUGGGAGGUGCCACUUAACGAAAGCAGAGAAAGGUACUGCAGGAAAGCAGACAUCAUACCAAGAGCCUGCACCUGGCUGCGUUGAUCAGAAGUUGUCCCUCUUUACAUCAUCCACAGUUGGAGGCGUGAUACGGCAUGAGGAAUUGCCCAUUCCUCCAAAGGCAGACACGCCAUAUGCCCUAGAGGUUCUCCUGGAUGUAUUCCGUCAGCAGUUCCUUAACAUGUUGGAUACCAUCAAGAAUCCUGAUUACAAAGACUAUGUUUUACAACAGAUUGAGGUAGAAAAGGAAAAGAACAAGUCUUUGAAAUCACGAGCAGCCCAGCUUGAAAGACAGAUCAAGGUUCUCAUUGAUGAUUCAGUUGCUCUGUUAAGAUCUCGCAUCUCAGAACUGGGUAUGACAGCUGCAAAUCCAGAAGACCUUCUAAACAGAGCUAAGGAGAUUGUGUGGCGCCACAAGGAGCUUCAAGCAAAUGUUUCAUCCCUUCAACAACAAGUAACAACUGCUGAGGAAGAAAAGGAGCGACUUGUAAGACUAAGAAAACAUGAAAUGAUUAACAAGUACCAGAGGAAUGGACAUGUUAAUGGAGUGAACCUUGACAUGUCCAACUUAACGCAAGAGUUCAUCCUGCGAGAGAUUUCUCAGACUCUGUCACAGAGAAAGAAGCUUCACACUCAGGUUUCAAGAUUGGAAUCUGAGGUCAAUAAUCUGGAAAGUUCAUCACCGGAGGCUGCAAGAAACCAGAACCUGGGGCAACGCUCUGAUAAGUCACCAGGGAGGCAUAAGACCAGGCAUAGAAGCCGCAACCAGGAAUGGCCGAACAUUCCUGAUGUGGGAAAAAUUGAGGAGAAAAAUCCUGAAAUUUUAGCUCAGAAGAUCCUAGAGACUGGGAGGCAAAUUGAAGCUGGAAGGUUCCCUGUACUUCCUGCUGGCACAGAAGUUAGAGUACAUGAAGGCAGAUUACCUGUCAACAGUGAAGCUGCACGUAUGCAACAUCCCACAGAUGGAAGACCAACAGAAGUGAGGACACAGUCAAUACCUGUGAGUCAAGAAGGUGGCCGUGUUGUGGUGCUGGCUCAGAGAUCGUUACCAAACAAUACCCUGACAGCAAAGGUUGAGGUGACUAGUCAACCAGAGACAAAAUACCAGCCGCCUCCAGUUCGACCUCCUUCAGAAAAGAACCAAAGAACUUUCUCAAUGGUACGGGCUCAGGAACCCCCAAGAGUGGCGGACUUUGAAGAUCGUUUGAAGCUGAUUAUUACAAAUGUCCUUAAUGAAGACAAGCCUCCUGCUCUGCAGCAGAGACCAUCUCCCGUCCCAGCCCAGUUACACCAGUCCUAUUCAUUGCUUGGGGCAAACAGUCAGGAGCUGAAAAAAGAGAUGAGAGAAAAGAGAGGUGAGAUUCGAGAAAUAAAAGAAUUAAAAGAGUCAAAAAUUGGUCAGCCAGACUACACGCAGGUCUCCCCAGCCAAACUAGCCCUGCGGCGUCACCUUUCUCAGGAGAAGCUUGCAUUGGAAUGUGGACCUCCUGGCUCACUCAAAAUUCAACCCAUCACCAGAAAUGUUGGAGAUCUUAUCAGUAGUGAAGUAGAGCGAUCAUUGGAAAUCUCCUCCCAAUCUACUGGCAGUUCUGCUGUUGACAUGACCAUAGCAGGAAAAUCCAUUUCUCCACGUCCAAAUUCACGGAUAGCAAGAAUAGUGGAAGAGAGUUAUGGCAAACCCCACACCCCUGAUAGUGGUGAUGGUCGCCAACAGUCUCCAGCGUUGCGGAUGGUCUACUCGCCCAUCUCGAGGCCAAACAGCACUGAGAGCCUGCCCUCUACACCACAACCACCACAGGCAAUGGAAGGCUUGAUGUACCCUCGAGUCAAGUCUCCUCGGGGCCAGCCAUUUGAGGAGAAGCCACACAUGCCCCCACCAGUACCAUCGCCUGGUCGAGAUGGGCUAGAGGCCCGUCUAGCUUCCAUGUAUGGGACCAAGUGCCCACCACCUCCUUCAACCCCUCCCACCAGCCAGGCCACUCCCCCCUUGCCUUCAGGGGAUAGUAAUAAGAGCAGAUAUGUGCCACUUCCAAGGGCAGAAAUAUCACCUAUCCCUCACCACAUGAAUGAAAACAGAGGCUUACCAGUGGAGGGUCCUGUGGAGGGACUUGCUGCAACCCUUCAUGCAAGAUUUGUCAGUAGACCGCACCUUCAAACAAAAGUAAAGGUCAAGGAGGAACCUAUUGAUGUGAGAAGUCAAGAGGACGACCGAAUGAAGCGCAAGAUGAGAUCCCCCCCUCCGCUGCCUAUGACCAUCCCACCCAAGAAGCAGCACUACUCGGAAGGUCUCCCACCCUCUUCCAAUGCGUCUUCAGUCAUGAGUCCGCCAUCGUCCAUGUCCUGUGUCCCAGUCACUCUGCCAACAGCCUCCCAGUCGUCCUCUUCCAAUAAACCCUCCAUUAUUGUCAGUCACCCUACCACCAGCCAGUUGAAGACAGAACCACUGGACAAGAAAAUAGAUGGAUUUGAGAGAAGUGAUUCUCCACUUCAGAAAUGGCAAGAUAAAAUCAACAGUGGAUUUGACAAGCUGGUUGCCUUUGCAUCAGAAGUAGAUAAACGACGAAAGUCAACUGAAGGCACUUCCCCAAGGCAAGAAGGUUUUGCAUCUCCAAGAUGCACAGAACGGAGGCCUACUCUAACAGCAGAGCCUCCGCACCCACUAGAACGUGAUACAGCAAAUUUUCGUGCCAGGCAAGAGGAUGAGGAAGUAAUCCGGAGCAGUGACCCAGCAGGGCCCCGUCCAUACUCUCCUCAUUCUCCGCCAAGACUUUCUCCCAGUCCCAUUCCUCAUGGGCGUCCGCCAACACCCCAGUCACCCAGGCCUCCCAUGAGAACACCUCCGAUCUCAUCACCACCUCCAACCCCCUCACCUGAUAGGUGUGGUGGAGAAUCUCCAAGCCUUUUUCCUCCAAGAGGAGGAGAAACUCCACCCUACUUACCUCCAGACUUGGAAACUACUCGACUUGUAUCGCCUGUUACAUCACCUUCAGAACAUGGCAUUUACCACCACCAUUUCAAGAAGAAGUUCUAUCAUAAGGAGCGGAUAAGUCCCCUUGAAACAGACCAUCAUCAUCACCACCACCACAACCACACACAUCACGGCAAGUUCCGUCCCAAAGGCAAAGACUGGCAGUGGAGGAAUCGGUCAUCGCAUCAUCAAUCAUCCCAUCACCACCAUAGCCGAAGGUCCCCUCCAGCACCGUCGUCUCAUCAGCUGCCAUAUGUGAACACCUCUCACAACCACCAUAACCACCAUCGUCACUCUUCUGCCUACCCACCAUCUGUACCACGUCACCAUCAUAACCACCACCAGUUGGUGGCUGCAGCAGCACCUUCACAGAGAUCGCAAGGCCCACCCCCACAAGGCCAAUAUUAUCAUUAGUUGUGGCUGUGUGGAGCAGAGGGUUUGUUCACCGGGUGGCAGUGUGCAGUAUUCAAGAACACCACAAACACCAAUGCCAAGACUGUAGAAUGGCCACUUGGUAUACAAGCCUUUGUGUAAAUGUUUAGUCACUUCAGGAUUAAGUUGCCUAAACUCUUAUGAAUUUUGAAGAAAAUACUAAAGAUAAUGAAUUACAAACAAAAUAACACAAAUAAUCAAUUACAGACAAAAUAACAAAAAAUAAGUAAUUACAAACAAAAUCACUAUAAAUUAUGGCAUAGCUGCAAGUGGAUCUCUUGUCCUUAGGUUGGAGGUUUUGAAAAUCUAUGGCCGAGUUGAAAAAUGAUUGGAUGACUCUUUGAACAUAAGUUAGAGGAAGUGGGAAUUGUGUAAUUAGAAUUUUAGGUUACCCAUUACAUAGUUACAAUUGCCACUAAAGUCAUAGUAAAAAAAAAGAAGUUUGGUUUGUGCAGAAACCAGAUAGGUAUAUAACUUAGGGACCUUUAUGUUCAUAUAUGAUUGUUCUACAGGUUAACUUUUCCCUCAUACAUUACAGUUUUCCUAUGGGUUAUCACCAUUAUUACACGUAAGCAAAUCUGGGCAUAGAUAAUGAGUAUAAUACCCAUCACGAAUGGCAUUAUUGUUUUAUGUUCAUAAAAAAGUCUUCACAGGGUCAGGUUCCUAAUUGUUAUAUAUGAAAUAUUUAUAUGGGUACUUCACUGACUGAUGAAUUCAUUACAACACAUGUUUGAUCACAGGCUUUUCCCCAUCGGUCAGCCCAUCGAAAAUUCAAAGAGGAGACAGUUUAUAUUCUGAUAUCAUUAUUUUAUGAUAGCCAACAUAGUCAGAAAUGAUUGUACUGCCAAUUAGAGGGCCAUCUAAUAAUCCAUACACAUUUAUGUAACACUGAUGCUAGCAGCCUUGCAUAGACAAAUUUGUGGAUAAAGUGAAACAGAAUCAUAGCCCUGUUCAUUAGAUUACCAAUGAAAACUUGAUUGAUAUCUUGAAAGUUUGCAAGUUUUUAAUUCAAGUUCAUAACUGUUGGGUUCCUUGGAAGGCAAUUUUGGAUAUAUUUAUAUUUCUCAUAAGUUUCAUUUUUUUUUUUUUUUUUUUUUCCUAUAAAAACCUUUACAGUCCUGAAUAUAUAUAUGAUUUUUUU